AUGGAGUCACUUUUGACAUUUCUUGCACUAGCUCUCAUAACUCUCUUGUUCCUAAUCCUUUUGAAAAGGCAACUUUACUGCACAUGCGAUAUCUGCCAUUGCUACCUCAAAUCUCAAUGGUCAACAAACUAUAACAAUCUAUGCGAUUGGUACACUCAUCUUCUCCAAAAGUCCCCAUCUCAAACAAUCCGUAUUCAUGUGCUACGUAACACCAUCACUGCUAACCCUACCAAUAUUGAACACAUUCUCAAAACCAAGUUCCAUAAUUACCCAAAAGGGAAACAGUUCUCCAUGAUUCUUAGCGAUCUUCUUGGCAACGGCAUAUUUAAUGUCGAUGGUGAUUCAUGGUUAUUUCAGAGAAAGAUGGCAAGUUUGGAGCUCGGAAAUGUGUCGAAUGCCUUCGCUGAUGUCUGUUACCACGUUCAAAGUCGACUUCUCCCGUUGCUAUCUUCGGCUGCUAGAGAAACAGAUGGAGGUUUAGUGGAUUUACAAUAUGUCUUUAGACAAUUUUCCUUUGAAUAUAUUUGUAGAUUUUCGUUGGGUUUAGAUCUAAAUUCACCCGAAUUACCUUUUCAUAUUUCUCAAUUCUCUGAUUCGUUUGAUCUAGCCACAACAUUGUCGGCUACGAGAGCUUUGUCUGCUUCUCCACUGAUAUGGAAGGCGAAUAGGAUAUUGAAUAUGGGAUCGGAGAGAAAGCUCAAAGAAGCAGUUCAAAAUGUUAACUUUCUUAUAGAGCAAGUCAUUCAUCAAAAGAAGAAAGUUGGGUUUACAAAGAACCAGGACCUUUUGUCAAGAUUCAUGGUGGUAUCCGACGACCACACCUUUCUUAGAGAUGUGAUCAUAAUCUUCGUUCUUGCAGGACGAGAUACAGUUGCCUCAGCCUUAACAAGUUUCUUUUGGCUAAUCUUAAACCACCGAGAAGUCGAGUCCAAAAUAAGGCUUGAACUUGAUCAACUGAUGAAUGAGAAUCAAGAAUUUGCAACGUUCGAACAAGUGAAAAAGCUGGACUAUCUUCACGCUGCAAUAUACGAAAGCAUGCGACUCUACCCCCCGAUUCAGUUUGACUCCAAAUUCGCAGUUGAAGACGAUAAAUUACCCGAUGGAACCCUGGUUAAAAAGGGAACGAGGGUCACAUUCCAUCCAUAUGCAAUGGGUCGGAUGGAAACCAUAUGGGGCAAGGAUUGCAAGGAGUUUAAACCGGAAAGGUGGUUGAAGGGUGGGAUCUUCAAUCAAGAAAGUCCAUUUAAGUACCCAGUUUUUCAAGCCGGGUUAAGGGCUUGUUUGGGGAAGGAAAUGGCAUUGAUGGAAAUGAAAACGGUGGUACUAUGUUUGUUACCUCGCUUUAGCUUUAGACUUGUAAACUCGGAUGGUGAGCUUCAGUUUGAACCGGCGUUAACGGCCACUGUGAAGAAUGGGCUUCCAGUUAUUGUUAGCGAGAGAAGUGUUGCAAGUUUGGAGGCGUGUAGUCGAUCAAGCCAGAGGCUAGUGCUUACGAGACAUCGAUCACCUUCAAUUCAAUGGAGGGCACUCGGUUCAAUUGAGAUUGUUUCUUCCAAGAAGAGAAAAGUAAAUUUUCUUCAGUCCAUUAGUGGCAUUGUCAAACCAUCAAGGUGUCUAAUGAACGUUCCAAGAGGAUCACGAUGUUAUGGAAAAGGGUAUGAGAUGAUGUCAAACCCACUGUCAUCGUUUCGUCAUCAUUGCAGAUGGAAUGGCAGGGUAUGCUAUGUAUCACUCGGACAAGUCAAAAUUGCUAUAGGUGGGAGGGAAGACCCACCAUCUAGCUUCCCGUUCAAAAUUGGUGUUACACUGUUGUUGAUAAUCAUAUGCAAGAAUAUCAUCACAUCACAAAAAGAAGAAAAAAUGUUUGCCGGUGCAUGUAGGAUGCUUCUACACCAAUGUAAGAGGGUUCUGAUGUGAUUAUGGAUGAUAUUCAUUUUUUUUGUAGUUUGAUCUUAAAGAGGGAUCCUCUCUACUACUGUGAAUUAGUGACAAAUAUCUUAGUUUCUAAUUCUGUUAAAAAAUACGCAACAACUCACCAAAGAGGACAAGAAACUCAUCCUUUAAAAAAUCAAAAGGCAAGAAUAGAGGUUUGCCAUGAGGCAAGGAGUGGUAGUCUUUAAUUAGUUUUUAAUACAAUAGGAAAUUUUCAUAUAGGUAUAAAUGUGUUACUUCUUCUGUUAAUAAAAUAUAAUCCAUUAGUUUUGGGAAAAAUGGC